GUACCAUUAAGGAGGGGGGGGUCUGUCAGCUUGUCCCACACGUGCUUCUACUGCUGUUAAAACGUGGAGUCUGAUGCUUCGUAAACAGAAGCUGGAAUUAUUUAAUUCAAGACAAGUUACGGAUACUAUUUACCUCUGACAGGAACGGUUCUCUCCACACUUAGACGUUUGCCUUCACAUGCCACUAUGAAGUACAUCCUGGUCACUGGGGGUGUCAUAUCUGGCAUUGGUAAGGGCAUCAUUGCCAGCAGCGUGGGAACAAUACUCAAGUCCUGCGGCCUUCAUGUGACAGCCAUCAAAAUCGACCCAUAUAUCAAUAUUGAUGCUGGCACCUUCUCACCUUAUGAACAUGGGGAAGUUUUUGUUCUCGAUGAUGGCGGGGAGGUGGAUUUAGACUUGGGGAACUAUGAACGUUUCCUGGAUAUCCGUCUCAUCAGAGACAACAACCUCACCACUGGAAAGAUCUACCAGUCGGUCAUCAACAAAGAGAGGAGGGGAGACUACCUGGGCAAGACUGUGCAAGUGGUACCCCACAUCACCGACGCCAUUCAGGAAUGGGUGAUGAAGCAGGCCAGGAUCUCAGUUGAUGAUGAUGGUGUGGAGCCACAAGUUUGUGUUAUAGAGCUGGGAGGAACAGUGGGGGACAUCGAGAGUAUGCCCUUCAUCGAGGCCUUCAGACAGUUCCAGUUCAAGGUGAAGAAGGAGAAUUUCUGCAACAUUCACGUCAGCCUGGUGCCACAGCCCAGGGCCACGGGAGAGCAGAAGACCAAACCAACCCAGAACAGCGUCAGAGAGCUCAGAGGACUGGGCUUGUCCCCAGACUUGAUUAUGUGUCGCUGUUCAACACCUCUUGAAACUGCUGUCAAAGAGAAGAUCUCCAUGUUUUGUCACGUGGAACCCACACAGGUGAUCUGUGUCCAUGAUGUGUCCUCAGUCUACAGAGUGCCUCUGCUGCUAGAGGAGCAGGGCCUUGUUAGUUAUUUCUGUCAGCGGCUGAACCUGCCUGUUGAGAUGAGACCCAGGAAAAUGCUCACAAAGUGGAAAGAGAUGGCUGAUAGAUCUGACCGUCUACUGGAGACGGUUUCUAUAGCCCUGGUGGGGAAAUACACAAAGUUGUCUGACUCUUACACUUCAGUUAUCAAGGCUCUUGAACACUCAGCCCUCGCUAUAAAUCACAAGCUAAAGGUCAAGUACAUUGACUCUGCAGACCUGGAGAACACAACUCUGCAGGAUGAGCCAGUGAAAUAUCAUGAGGCCUGGCAGAAACUCUGUAGCGCUCAUGGUGUGUUGGUACCAGGAGGUUUUGGUGUGAGAGGGACAGAAGGAAAGAUUCUGGCUAUAAGCUGGGCAAGAACCCAUAAGAAGCCAUUCUUAGGGGUGUGUUUGGGCAUGCAGUUGGCAGUGUGCGAGUUCGCCCGCAAUGUUCUUGGAUGGGAAGAUGCCAACUCCACAGAAUUUAAUCCAGACUCCAAACACCCAGUGGUGAUUGACAUGCCUGAGCACAACCCAGGGCAGAUGGGUGGGACUAUGAGGCUGGGGAAGAGGCGCACCAUUUUCAAAUCUGACACCAGUGUACUGAGAAAACUGUACGGAGAUGUGGAAUAUGUUGAGGAGCGGCACAGACAUAGAUUUGAGGUGAACCCCGAGCUGAAGCACCACUUUGAGAAAAAGGGUCUUCAUUUUGUUGGACAGGAUGUGGAAGGAGAGAGAAUGGAGGUCAUUGAAUUGGAGGAUCAUUGCUACUUUGUUGGAGUGCAGUAUCAUCCAGAGUUCACCUCGAGGCCCAUCAAACCCUCUCCUCCCUACUUUGGUCUCCUGCUGGCUGCUGCAGGAAAACUCCAGGGCUACUUGACCAAGGGCUGCCGCCUCUCUCCCCGGGACACUUACAGCGACCGCAGCGACAGCAGCUCUCCUGAAGCAGACUUCUCCGAGCUCAAGUUCCCCUCUUUGUCCUUAGACUAAAGUACAUGUGGCCCUUGUUAUGUCUGUCAUUCAUGUAGAAAAAUGCAAGGCUCAGGAAAAACUGAUCUGAAGUGACGCUGCAAACUCCACAUUUUUAUGAAAAUGUUUUUACACUGAUUGGUAAAAGAUGAUGUAGAUAUUUUAUUACGACACGAGUUAUAUACAGGGAUGUUUUGCUGUAAACCUUGUGGAGCUUUAAUGCUAAUGAAUUAGCAAAGGUGGGCCAUUGUGGGGAAGUGUAACAAAAGAUUGUCAAGUACCUGUAAAGUAAUAAGCUGUUUGAAAGAUGAAAAGCUACAGUUACAAAGGGCUAAGGUUCGAGUCAGGGUCUGUUCAGAUCCAUCUAGUCCUUGUGUUGCCAAAGUGUUGUGUCAAACAGAUUUAUUACCUUUUUGAACAUUGUUUAUCUUAAAGUCUGAGGCCACCAUUAGGUUUGCUGUUUUAGCAAUGUUAUUGUUAGUUAUGAUGCUAUUCCUUCUUGAAAGCACCUGAUUGAAAAUGUUUUUAUGUCAGUAAUACAACAGACGUUUGCUUGAAAAUACUUCAGUGAAGUCUCCUUGAACAGUUCAGCAUGUUACAAGUGUGAAGAGAUGUCAAACUAGAACAGGCUGAUUUGCAGUGUCAAUUUGAGGUCUUCAAGGGAAACGAGGUGACGACCCCCCCCCCCCCCCAAAAGAAAAAAAAUACUGGCUUAGGUUCAGUGGGGCAGCACAGCAUGUUUGACAUUACCAUGACAAUGCAAACAAACUGAUGGUAACACCACAUAUACCGUUGCAGAAUCAGAAUCAUAUCAUGAUGACAAAGCUUUGUUGGGAUGCUAUCCACUCCCUCUUGUGGAAGCCUUUUUGUUCUGAAAAUUAUGUAUUUUUAAUUUUGUGUUCAUAAUUCCUGUGUUUUCUUGUAUAUUAAUAAAGAUAUUGAGUAAUAAGUAAGGAUGGCAUCAAAAACCUAGCUAUAACAACAAAGGUAGUAGUGGCCUUAGACUUUUUGCACACUACUGAAAGUAACAGCCAUUUAAGACUGGGUGUGUGAUGUCCGAGCCUUGGCAUCAUCACGGCUCAAUUUUUCUUUUUAACUUGCAUGUUAAGUCAAGUUAAAGCCACACAUGUCCCCUGGCCAAAACAGCAAAAAAAAAUAUGUAUCAAGAGCCAUGUUUCCCUAUUUUUAGCAUAUUUUUAUGUCCACAUCUGUGAGUGUUUGCCAUGUGUUUCUUGAUAACCCUGAUGAAUGCCACAAGCUGAAAAGUUCUGCUCUAAUGGACUCUGCAAGCUGGAGGGACACACACCCAGUCUGAUAUAGGUGUUACACUUGUUCAGGAUUACAACCCAUUCAACACUACAUUUGGGCUUUUUAUUUCACUGUGGGCUUGAUGUAUUUCUGUUUGAAAUUAAGUGUAUUAUUUAGAUAUCAGCCAAUAUCAUGUUUCAAUAUUGCAUGUAAUAGUCAAACUUAUACUUCUGAUUUUAUUGCUCACCAGUUCAGGCUGCAUGACUUUUAUGUUUAAAGAGCUUUUACCUGAUGACAUCACUGAACUGAACUCCAGUGACUUCCUGCCAUGUCUGACCAAGAACCAAUAUGAAACAUGCUGAUUGAUGCAGUCAUCUGACAAUCUUAACACAUCAAAAGACGCUCGAGGCAACAGUGUUUUCUGAGGAAGAAAGCUUGGCAAAUGAAAAGAACUGUCUUAAGUGAAACAAAAACCUGUAUUAAAUAGUCAAACAUUAAUAGCAGUCAACUGACAAAUGAGCAUCAAGCUUGAGUGUUACACUUUCACUUGUAGCCAGGUAAAAAAAAAAAAGUGUCAUUAAUUCUAUACUUGACCUGGAUAGCAAGGAAUGCUACUGAUCUGUUUGUGAUCCAGAUGUAUGAAAAAUGUCAUACUUUGUUUUUAUGAAGUCAGGAUGCAUUUGUUUGUUUCACUCUAAAUAAAUCUAUUUUUACUA